UCCGAUUUUAUGAAAGACUGGUUGGCAGUCGAAGAAUCGUACUUGGGAACGAUGGUAGAACAAGAGUGCCGGAAGUCUGAUUCAUGCCGAACAUGCGGAGUGAAGGAAGCCAGUUGGAGAUGUCUUUCUUGCUUUGGCGUGCCAGAGCUUUGCCAAGGCUGUAUGCGUUCCACGCAUCAGAAGCUGCUCUUCCAUGCACUUGAGGUCUGGGACAAAGACCACUGGUCGGCGGCGUCCUCAACCUCUCUCGGGCUUGCCAUUAAUAUGGGGCAUGAUGGGGAUAUAUGCCCUUGUGCAAAGUUGCCCUCAUGGCACACUAACAACAACGACGCCGACGAUUGGAUGGAUGUAGACGACGCCGACAAUGGUGAAGAUAUCCACGCCGACAACACCACAAAGAAGACCCUUGCACAAGAAAUCAUGGACUACCGCCGAGGGACACCGCUCCAACUGUACGCCGACGACACCACAGAGCGACGCCGACCACAAGUAGCACACAUAACUGUGAUAGAUGUAUCUGGCGUCUACGAACUACCCAUCAACUGGUGUCAAUGCGAGCCCAUGGCCGCCCAUCACAAGCAACUCCUUGACAUGAGGUUAUAUCCCGGUUCUCAAAAGGCACCUAGGACGGCAUUCACAUUUGAUGUUCUUAACGACUUUAUGGUGGCAAACUUGGAGACGAAGGUCGCUCCCAAUGCAUACUGGAGGCGUCUGAUGCGAGUCACAAACACUAUCCAUCCGGAUGUAAUCCCAGAUCGGUACCGUGAACUGACGCGGUGUGCACGCCAGUGGCUAAGGCUGACAACGCGGCAACAACAUGGACAUGGCUAUGGUCUGCAUGAUGAGGAAACAGCGGUAGGAUCACUGGCACCCUUCUGCAUGGCAUGCCCGCAGCCAGGCAAGAACCUGCCUGAGGAUUGGAAGAAUACUGGACCAAAGUGGAUGCAUUAUCAGCAUCUUGUGCUUGAUGGGAAUUUCAAGCAGCAAAACCUUCACAUGCGGCGUCCAGAAAACGACGUAGGGUUUGCCGACGGUCUGGCAUACACCGUCAACAAGGAGAAGUACGAGGCGCACUUGGCUAGUACAGAGAAUAACUAUGCGAGGUCAACUUGCAAUAAUCACCGAGCGGUACAAUCCAAGCGGCAUACCAACCACCUACAGUCGACUGGCAUUGUCUCUGUAGCCUGUGCCAGGCAUGGUGGGUUUGUCCCCAAUGCGACCGCCGACUUGAAGGCUGGAGAGAAGCAAGCAAAUUCUGACGCCGUCGCCUCAAAUGCGGGUUGGCAGUGGCCCCUACUUCUCGGCAUCAUUCUGUAUUAUGACAUCAUGUGUCAGUACAUCAUCAACUUCGCCAAGCGCAUGAAGAAAAGCAAACAUUUGUCCUGGCCAGAUGGGGUGGAGCUUAUCCCUGCAAUCGGUCUCUUCCACGUCCAUGGUCACAAGGACGAGUGCGUCGCUAAGUUCUCGCCUACGUUUAUUGAAGGUACUGGCCACGUCGACGGUGAAAUCCUUGAGACCCUCUGGGCGGCAUUGAAUGACAUUGCGGCAAGCACUUUGAAUAUGUCGACAUCCUGGCGGGUGGACGUUCUCAAUGCUCACAUGCGAUGGUCUAACCUUCGUAAAAUAAUGGAAAUCGGUGCGUUUGUAUGCCGC